AUCCACCAUUGACAUUGAAUUUCUUUAUGUUUUAUACUACUAAGAUCCCGGAGCGCUCUGCAUCAGUCCCUCAACUGCUUCGGCCGUAUGCCUAUAUUUUCAGUUCAGGUUGGAAGAAAUGUCUGCUGAUAUCUAUAAUAUUAAACCUCUGACAGAGGAUCCGAAGCGAUAUGAAGACGCAUACUACAAUGUUUUCUUCAAGCUCGCCAAAAAGGAUGUUGUUUUAGAAAAGGUGAAUCAAUAUUUUGAUGCCAAUGUGGUAAAGAUGCUCACUGAUGUAUUUGGCCGCGAUGAAGAAUUUAGUCUACUAGGGAUUGGAGUCGGCGAAGGUCCUCACGAAUUUCACUUCCUAAAGAGUCUGCAAUCUUACUAUCCAUCAAUAUGCAAUGUGGCUGUGGAUCCCAAUGAAGGCAUGUUACAAACGUUUAAAGAUAGAGUUUCUUCUUUAAAUACAAAUGGGAAAGGCUCUGUCUCCUAUCAUGGGUUCGGUGGUCCAUUAUCUGAGUUUUUUGCUGGGAGUCCAUUGGCGAAGAAAAAGUACAAUCUUAUCACAUCCAUACAUUCACUCUACUACACCGGUGACCUUGAAACGACCUUCACCCAUAUGACAUCCAUGAUGAAAGACAAUGGUUUUAUCAUCAUCGUAUGUAAGAACGAUAGCCUCAUGAGCAAAACAUUCCACAAGUUAUCGUGGCUGUCAGAGAGCACACAAUCAAACGACCGACUGUCAUCAAAGACUGUAAGAGAGUUUGUUGAAAGCCAAGGUUAUAACGUCACCACUGUCGACAUAUCCGCCCAAUGGGACAUUACUGAAUUAUUCAAAGACCAGUCAGAAUUUGGAGACAAACUCAUGGACUUCUGCACCCAGACAGCAUAUUUUCGACAAACAGCGCCCUCUGCGAUACUAGAUGACCUGAUGGCUUUUUGGCGUUCAAUUUCGACCCAGGAUGACAAUGGACGUGUUUUCACCCCUGCCCAUGAUGAAAUACUUCUUGUCUCAAAAUAAUUACAUUUAUGAUUACAACUCCUCUACUAUAAAAGCCAUAUCACUCAAAAGUCUUAUGUUAUUCAUAUGGUCAACUUGGACCAAGUUUGAAGCUGUAUGGUUGAAUCGUUUAAGUAACAGGCAAGCUUCUAUACAUAAAUAUUAUUCUAUGAAAUAAUCGUGACCGCCUGGAUGCAAAUUUUACAAGUUAUUGGUGGACUGCCACCUAUACAUUAUGAUCUUGAUGCUUUACCAAUACCGCUUAGUAUUUUCACCAAUUACUGGAAUGGAUUAUAUUUUCCGGUAAUAGUAUCAACAGGGAGGAGAUUAAAUAAUGGUUAUGAUGAAUCUGAUAUAACUUGCAUAGUUACGUUUCCUGC